GCUCUUAGCGGAACGGUUCAGCCAACUCCGGAAUGCGGUUGCCCUGAAAUAAAAAAAACAACUCGGAGGAGUGCUACAGGACACAAAAACAAAUACAAACACACACGGAAAGAGGGGUUCCACCUUCAGGUGUUUGGCGCCAAGUUGCCCAAGAGAGACAAAUUGUUUAUCUUGUGUCAAGUGCUGCACGGCCACCCCCUUUUGGCCACCACCCACAUCCACUUUAGCUUGAGCAGUGAAAGUUUGUUGUUGUCGCCAUCGCCACUCCGCUGGCGUUUUCUGUGGCCAAAAGGUGGAGAGCCAGUCUGGGCGGUGGGCCAGGACCAAGCAGUUGGAUCCUUGCGGUUCUCCAAAUCGGAUGACAUUAUCUCCCGCGGGAGAAUCCGACUUGAGUGGGAAUACGAUGGAGUGGAGUGAUGUCGAGUGAGCCUCGAAAUUAAAAGCGGAACCAGGCGUCGCACCUUAGGCAUGCAUCUUUAAUCAGCCGCCACCCAAUGAAUUUCCCCGCGCGAAAUGUUUACGGCCUAUGAAUAAGCAAUGAAAUAAGCGCUCCCGGGCAUUUGUCAUUUGGCAAAGUGAAAAAUUGAAGUGACUGUGCAAAAUUGAGACAAAUGUUCGCCAACAGCAACGAGGAUUAAAAACAAACCAGCAAACCAGCAGCCAGCAAACAAAAACCAGCAAAAGUAGCAGCAGCAUUGGGAAACAGAAGGUCUACUUUCAAUCUGGGUAUAAUUUCAUCUUAACUAGUCACCGCAACAAAAGCAACAAAGGAUGGAUGCUAAAGCUGGCUUAAGUGCGCUGGAGGAAAGGUCCCUGAAAGGUUCAGAGAAACUCAAAAUGCUGGACAUCACACGCGACAAACCGGUGAAGGUGGCGGUCAAAGUGGCAGUGCCGGUGCGGGAUCAUCCGAAGUUCAAUUUCGUGGGCAAGCUGCUGGGACCCAAGGGAAACUCGAUGAAGCGCCUGCAGGAGGACACCAUGUGCAAGAUGGCCGUUUUGGGACGCGGCUCGAUGCGGGACCGGCGGAAGGAGGAGGAGCUGCGGGGCAGCGGGGACAGCCGCUACGCCCACCUGUUCGAGGACCUGCACGUCGAGAUCUCGACCUUCGCCGCUCCGGCGGAGGCACAUGCCCGGAUUGCCUACGCGCUGGCGGAAGUGCGCCGCUUUCUGGUUCCGGACUACCACGACGACAUCCGCCAGGAGCAAAUGUGGGAGAUGCAGGCGUUGACGUCGACGCCGGCGUUGGGAGCCCACUCGCUGGAGGAUUCACAAAGUCCGACCACCAAUACCAGUAAUCCAGGGGGUGGUGGUGGUGGAGGCGCCACCUCCUCUUCGAGCGGGGCCAGUGGGCGUGGACUGGGCGGCGGACUGGCCGAUAUGGACACGUCCAACGAUGACAAAUCGGACGAUGCCAGCGGCAUGGAGUGCCUGUCCGCAGUCGACAAGCUCGACUGCUCCUCCAGCUGUGCGAGUCUGGGCAUCAGCGGCAUCACCACCAUCAGCACCACCAGUUCCGAGCAUCCGCAUCCGCACCAGCAUCCGCAUUCGCAUCCGCAACAGCAACAGCACCAGCACCACGCCCACCUGCACGCCCACGGACACGGAAGCCAGGGCAGCCAGGUGCACCACCACCCGCAGCAGCCGCACCACCAGCACAGCCACCAGGCGCACUUCCACCAGCUGCUGCAGCAGGCCCACGGAGGAGCCCAGGUGGCCACCACCUGCGGGGAGCACCUCUCCGGACAAACGACUCCGGCGACGGCAGCGGCACUGCACACCACAGCGAUGGCAGUGGCACUCCAGCACCAGCUGACAGCCGCAGGAAUCGGAGGACUCCUGAAGCCGGCCACCGGAGUGGGGGCCACCAUGGCCGGACUGCCCACCUCCCAGGCGGGUGCCGCCGCCCUCCAGUUGUCCGGCGACGGGGAGUCAUCCGGAUCGACGCUCACGCUGCUCGAGCCACCGGGCACCGCCCUCCUGCAUCCCGCUCUGCGCAACGUCAAGACCAUCAACAUAGGUGGCGGCCUGGGAAGAAAGCGCCCCCUGUUGGGGGUACCCCGCUCCGGAAUGAACCCCACGAAGCGCACGGUGAUGAGUCUGCUGGCGAGGGCGAAGAAUUCGCAGGCGCUGCACUCGGUGCGCCAGCCGAUGGUGACGGCCACCAGUUUCGCUGAGCCCUUGCAGAUGCUGACCUCUCCAUUCAUCAUUCCGCACCAGGCGGUGGACCAGCCGAUCCUGGCGCUGUCGAAGGAGAGCCUCGCCCAGGGCGUCUAACCCAGUGACCUGCUCCACCUGCGGCUGCCCAGAUAGACCAAUCUGACCGAUUACCACCUGCCCCGAACCAGCCUUUCGAGGAUUAGCGAUGAUCUCGAGGAGAUCUUCGAGUGGAGUAUUACUAGGCGAUGUUUGCGUAGUCGAAAGCUAUGGUACAUUUCACUUAGUAAGGCUAUAUACCGAUCUUUAGGGACUAACUGUGAACUUAUCCGAGCGAAAUCUCGAGCUCGUGCUACACGAUUUUAUUUUUUACAGAGAAUAAACGGAAGAGCGUCUUUUUUGCAAUGCGAUGUUUUAUUUCCACAGAUGCAAACCUCUAGGCAAAAAAAAAACCACACACAAAAACGAAACGUUCGAUCUAAUGGAACAGAGUUUAAACUUUAAACAAAUUGAAACCUAAAAUUAGUGUCAAAUUAAAACCAAACAUGAGCAACUUCAAUAGAAAUAAAUGUAAACGCAAUUACUUUAAACAAAUUACUUUAAAUAAAUAUACACACAAAUACGAAUGCGAAUGCAGAUACCAAAAAACACGAGUACCAUAAAAGAUAUAUAUACAAUACAUACGAACACGUAUACAAGCAUAUACAAACUUAAAUAUAUGUGUGUACUUAAAUCUAUAUUAACUUAAGAUUAAACCAAACGAAACUACUAAAUUAAUGAGAUAAUACAAUAAUUUUAAAGUAUUUUAACGGCCACAAAACGAAGACAAAGUCAAACCAAAAACCAAAAACAAAAACAAAGUAAAAGAGAAUUAAUGAAAUGAAAAUAAGAGAAUGUAGAAGGAUAUAGAAAGUUGAGAUAGAACCCCGAUCAGAGAGAUCCCACCGCCUUCAGCUUGCGUUGCCUGAUUGAUUCCACAUUGAGUACCCUUGGAUUGGAUAGAUAAAGCCACAGCUGAUAGAUAACAUAUGAUAGUUCGGUUUCAGUUUCAGAACGGAAAGUUUCAGAACAUCGAAAGCAGCGAUCGCCUACAGAGUUACGUAUAUUUUUUGUUGUUCAGAUUAUAUAUACACGCACUUAAGGAUAAUGCAUGGAAAGGUCUUUGGUCCGAUGUUCCAAAUCCAGCCCCCAAAUUCACUGCGAUGCUUCGAUUUAGUGUAUGAAUUGAUGAAUUGAUAUUCAAGCUAUAGGAAUUUGAUCUCUGUCGGUUACUUUGGGAGCCACUGUACCGACUGUUCCGAUUUCACAUCGAGAAUUCACUUUAGCUCCCCGGUUACUUGGUUGACUGUGCACAAACCACAUAGUUCUUAAAUAGCGUUAACCGAUAUACAAUAACAAAACAUUACUCAAUAAAUGUUCACAGAAAGUUUAAUCAAAAAAAAAAAAAACCAAAACGAA